AACAACGCUGAAAUGUGUCUUCUUUGUUGUGUUUUACUUGUCACCCUUCUCCCUUGGCAUUCUCCUUCGUGUAUCUGUGUCGGAUUUGUUUUGGUGCCUUCUGACACGCGUGUAUUGCGUACAAAACGAGACUGAUGAGCACUGUCGCGUCGCGAGGGCCAGAAAACGCCAAAGCGAAAAAAGCGGGUUCCUUAUUUGAUCUGUCUUUUCGUCCUUCUGUCUGUUCUUCGUUUUGCUCAUGUUAAAGCUUGUGUCUAAAACUCGAUGCCACCUCUGUCAGAUUCAUUUUUGACUGGUGUGUGCAGGAACCACGCGGGGUAAAAGCACGAGUUCUUCCGGGAAGGCACGACGGAUGAAGUCGUGGUUUAUCGUUUUCCCUUUCGAGGGUACCGUCACUGAUUGCGUUCGUACAUUCGAGACACUUUUUCACCCAGAACUAUAGUGGGUGUGUCUGUAGUGCGUAUCUGAGUUACACAAUGCGUGUUGUCACCGAGUCUCGCGCUCAGUCGGGCCGCUGCCUUGGGUCAAUUGAUUCGGAUAUUCGCGUCACACCUCAGGUAGAUUCCUGUUCUACAGAUAGACUGAGACGAAAACCGAGUUUGUCGUCGAGUCGCGGUUGUUAUCGGGUUUUCCUUAGCAUUUUCGCGACUGUUUGUGUUACCAGGGGUAUGCAACACGCGUUCUUUUGCUCAAAUGCUGACACACCUGAAGCGCAGUUUAAAAAUGCCGCUGUUCAUGAACAACGAGCACGUGCGGCGGAGAAAGCGGCGAGUGUUGCCACAGAAAUCUCUGUGGAAAGAGGCGAUGAACACGUGCAAAAGAAGAAGUCUUCCUCUUUCUACAGUCGUGAAAACUACAAGCCUCCGGACUUCGUUAUUGAAAGCGUGUACCUUGACUUCGAUUUAGAUGAGACAGAAACACGGGUGAAAGCAGCUCUGACCAUGUAUAGGAAACCAGGCCGCCCAGUCGUCAAUCUCGUCCUGGACGGAGAUGGCCUAAUUGCCGAGAAGGUUUCAGUCUCUUACGAGAGAGAGAAUGCGAAUGAGGCGGGAAAUGGGAGCAAAAAAGUCAGUGUUGAGGCAACACAGACGUUUCCGUUGUCCUCACCUGACGCCGGAAACCAGGAGACUCGUCAGGCUUACCUCAGAUCUGAGAACGGUUCCUCUUCUCCCUCUGAUAAAGAAAUGAUUUCGCCUCGACCAGGCAUUGCUGUUGAGAAAAGUGGGUCCCUGCUCAUAUGCAAAGACAUUCUUCCUUCCGAGUCGGAGCAAAGAUUCGUUGUCAAAACACAAGUUCGCAUAAGCCCACAGGAUAACUCGCGACUGUCAGGGUUGUACGUUUCCGACGGAGUGCUGGUCACACACAAUGAAGCGCAGGGAUUCCGAAGAAUAACAUUCUUUCUAGAUCGGCCAGAUGUCAUGACUCAAUGGCGGGUCCGUCUUACCGCAAGAAAGCAAGACUAUCCUGUCCUCCUGAGCAACGGAGAGCUGGUCGAGUCUGGCGACGACCCUACGGAUCCCGAGAAGCACUUUUCUGUUUUCUCCGAUCCUCACAAGAAACCCAGUUACCUGUUUGCCCUCGUUGCCGGGAAGCUUCACUCGGUUGGUCACGACUAUGAAAAGAGGGACAAAUCAUUGGUCAAAGUAUCGGUUUGGUCGACGCCCGAGAACGUGGCGAAACUCAGUUGGGCUCUCCAAAGCAUCAUCAGAGCGAUGAAAGGAGAUGAGAUUCUGUUCGGAAGAGAUUACGACUCAAAUGUCUUCCACAUUGUUUGCGUUAAUGGCUUUAACGCUGGCGCCAUGGAAAACAAAGGUCUCAAUAUCUUCAACUGCGAUUCGCUCCUGGCCGAUCCGACGACAACUACAGAUGAGGAGUAUAGGGGCAUUUUGAGAGUUGUAGCGCAUGAGUAUUUCCAUAACUGGAGUGGAAAUCGCGUUACACUUCGCGACUGGACGGAAUUAACUCUCAAAGAAGGCCUAACCGUUUAUCGAGAGCAAGAAUUUAUGGGCAGUCAAUAUUCUUCCGGUGUGGCGAGAGUGGAAGACGCUAGACUAGUCUUGUCUCAACAAUUUCGCGAAGACAGUGGGCCUUUAGCUCACCCUGUUCGUCCUGAUCAUUACGCUUCCGUCGAUAACCUCUACUCGGUCACGGUCUACAAAAAGGGCGCCGAAAUUUUUCGAAUGUAUGCGACUCUUCUUGGGCCGAGUGCUUUCCGCAAAGGUCUAAAUCUCUAUUUUUCACGCUACGAUGGCCAGGCAGCCACAUGCGAAAACUUUAGAUCUGCGAUGGAGGAAGCAAGUGGGAGAAAUCUGUCGCAGUUCUUUCUCUGGUACACGCGCGAGGGAACCCCUGAGGUGGAAAUCACGGGCUUCACGUUCGAUAAAACGCGAAAACAGUUCUCCUUUACCGUGACACAAAAGCCUCCUCCAAUGUCGGACUACGAAAUUCGGAUGUAUGGCCAGAAGGCUCAAUUUCUGCAUAUCCCUAUCCGAGUUAGUUUUAUAAAUAGAAGGACAAAGAAACCCGAACUCUACGUGGGGCAACGGACUACGGUCUUGGAGCUCCGGGGGGAAACGCAGACAUUCACCUUCACUGACACGGAGGAAGAGCCACUGGUUGCUCCUCUUCAGAGCUUUAGUGCCCCCGUGAAAUUAACGGUUCCUUCGCAAACAGAAGAAGAUCUGGCGAUUUUGAUAGGCGCCAGCUUCGAUCCUUUCACUCGUUGGAAUGCCUUUCAGUUUUUGGCUUUGCAAAUUUUGAAGGAGAGGAUGGCGACAAAAAAAAAGGAGACGUCCGGUGUCCUUUCUCCCGCGUUCCAGCAAGGCCUCCACUUCGCUCUCCGCGAUAUGCCCCUGAGUCCGGCAUUUACGGCUUUGCUUCUGACGCUUCCGAGUUAUUCGCGUCUCGAGCAAGACGCACCUCGGCCUCUUGAUCCUGACGCUAUUAUCUCUGCACGCCGUUCGCUUCUCCGGGAUAUUUACUACUUCCAUCGGAACGCCCUGGAUGAAGCUUACGUAGCGACCACGAUCCCCAAAGUUGACGAUAGAGAACGGGACAGGCAGCUCGAAUCGGCAGAAGAUCCUGAACAAUGGCAAAGACGGGCCCUGCGUUCUAUUCUGCUGGAGUAUGUGACUGCUAACCGUGAUGAGCGAAGCGCCAAGUUGGCGCUCAAGCAUUUCAAAGACGCUCGCGUCAUGACAGACAAAAUUGCGGCUCUUCAUGUUUUGGUUGAUUUGCCGUUUAACAAGGAACGGGAAGAAGCGCUACACCUGUUCUAUGAAGAGGCGCGAGGCAAUCCUCAACUCCUUACGAAGUGGUUUGCUCUUCAAGCCCGGUCUAGUCUACCAGAAACUCUAGACCGCAUUCGAGAACUGGAAAAACACCCCGAAUAUAAGCCGCUAGUGCCGAAUUUCGUACGCGCGCUUUACUCCACGUUCAUGCACGGAAAUCCGUCUGUGUUUCACCGACGAGAUGGGGCCGGAUACGAACUGGCCUUUGUGUUCUUACAGUCCAUGGAUAGGAUCAAUCCGCGCACGGCUUCCCGUGCGGCCACAGCGUUUUUAAGCUGGAAAAAAUAUGACAAGGAACGACAGGGAAGAGCUAGAAGUGUUCUAGAGAGACUUGCCAAUCUACCAGGUAUCUCGAAUGAUCUCAAAGACGUUGUUGACCGUGCGUUAGCGGCAUAGGAGACGAAGCUGGAGGCGCAUGAAAGUCUUGUCAGCGUGUCUCCUCUUCCCGUCUUGGGUUUUCGGUCAUGUUUGUUCACAUUCGAGAAUACGUAAUAUAAUAUAUAGAUAUACUGAUGGCUGAAAUGGAGUACCGGGGCAAACCAGUGUUCUACCGAACAGUCACAGCUGUUUUCUGUAGUUCCUUGCACAGAAAGUGCAGAGGAGGAAAACAGAAACGUGCUUCAUUCUGUCCUUUUAAUGGGGUCACUAAGAAGUGCGAAGUAGGGACAGGUUAAGCUGGAUUGGAAACACGGAGAGGCCGGGUCUGUUCUGUCCUGUUGACUGUGUAAUAUUCGCCUUACUCUUUUCACAGCGUUGCUUGUCGAUAAAGCGAACUAGCAGGACAAAGAAAUGAUGAGAGUAUCCACGUGUCAGUCUUCACCGAUUAAGAGUUUGUUUCAUAUCGUGAAAAUCUGAGCGAGAGCGGUGUGAAGUGGGGGAGAGCACUUCGGCAUACCAUCGAUGUCUGUUCUAUGCUGACCGUACAAAGCCGACGGGCUAUCCCAACACGUUCAGCUACAUCUCCAGCCUCCCAAUACAGACACAAAAGGCAUGGUUGAUAGAAAUAACAAAAUGGAGGGUGUGGAGGAAAAUGCCACUGAGACGAAUACUAGGACGUGGUCCGCCGGCG